UGCUCGCGGGAUGCGGGGCCUUUGCCUGGUGGUCCCGUGCCCCUUUGAUCCCUCACUUCCGGCUGAACAUGUGGGCGAACGCAGUCUCUUCCGGUGGCGGCCGCGCCGGGGAGGUGUCCGCACGUGCGGCGUGUGUCGGGCGCCCCGGUUCUCCUUGGUCCAGGGCCUCGUCGACUCUGUGCCGAAAGUCGGAUUCUUAUGUAGUCACCCCAAAAAAUGAUGAUGUGUUCCCCCACCCCCCGCUUCCACAGUUAACAGCAGCGGCCACUCUUCACCAAACACCUCCUGCGACGACCUCAGCCCGGAAAUGUUGAAGAUUUACACCAUCUUGCCCCAAGAGGCUUAGGGACGUUUCCCUUUCAAGGCCAACGAUGUUAGAAGAUGAUAUCACCACAUGCCUCUCUCCCUCAGUGUAUGAUAUGAUUUGCAAAGCUGGACUGGAAGUGAGAGAGCAAUGUGCUAUCAGCAGCAUCAUCACGGAAGGUGGUAGUGUGUGCUGGGACACCAUCACAGACUGUGUGGUCUCUACAGAACCAGACCAGAGUCUCGAUUAUCGGGCCAGUGUGAGACUAUUGGGGCCUGUGUGUGAGGCUGUUCAUUCACACUUGUCAUCGCUGACCAAAGCACAGUUUGAAGUUCAAUUUGCACCCUGGUUCCAGUGGACACGUUUGCCAGAGUUAUUUGGUGAAGUAUUCGAUGCCUUGGGCAGUCUGGACCCAGCUACUGUUUGCCUCAGCCUGCUGAAGCUGACCUCACUCCUGGAGCGUGCCCUGGGGGAUGUAUAUUUACUAACUGGGAAGGAAUGCCCCUUUCUUUUACGAGACCUGCUUGCAUCCCAGGAGCUUGCUCAAGUGUUUGGACAUUCUGUGAUGGACACACUCCGAGUCUUCGUGGGCUCCCCACGUGGACUCAACCUGCGGAAUGUCCUAUGGCAUGGCUUUGCUGCGCCUCAAGAGAUCCCUCCCAAAUACUGCUCCAUGCUGGUGGUGCUGACAGCGGGGCUGGGCCAGCUCCUGCAGAGGUACCUAGAGCAGACUGGUCUCUCCCUGGUGCACCGUCCUUCUGUGGCCCUCACCAAUCUGGAGGAUCUCUUCGUCUUCCCUGAUGUCACAAGUGAAGAACUCUUGGUAUUAGAGGAAGUGAUGAAGAAAUCCACUUUUAUUCUGCGUAUUAUGCUGCCAUACUGGGAAACUGCACUGCUCAGCUUCCAGGCCCACAGGUUUGCAGACAGUGCCAUCUUGGUGCUGACACAACUGGAGGCUGGACUUCGGAGAGUUUUUGCUGUGGUGAACAGAUGUCCGCAGAGACUCCUGACCGCAGAGUCAACAGCUCUUUAUACCACCUUGGAUGAAAUAUUGGCAAAACACCUGACUGACGGGAGAAUCAACCAGCUCCCUCUCUUCCUUGGGGAACGUGCCAUGGAAUUUCUGUGGGAUCUCCUGAACCACCAGGAGGGGCCCCGUGUCAGAGACCGCCUGAGUCAUGGGGAAGUCGACCUCCAGGACUUCCCAGAAGCAGCUGCUGAGCACCUGCUGGCGUUUUCCUUGGUGCUGCUCCUGAGGUUUGUUGGUGAGGACCUUCUGUCAGCCAUGAAGGAAAAAGCUGCAGUGAGCUCCCUGAUCAGAUGUGUAGAAGGCUACUACGCGCGUUUUCACCCUCUCUCUCGGCUGAAAGCACAGGUGCUGAGCUGUGAGGAGAGCCUCCGAGUGUGGCCUCUGCUGCCGUGGCCCUUAGACACCGAACAGGAGGCCGCCAGGUCAGAGCUGGGCUCUGAAGUACAAGCCUGCCACUCUCUGAUCCUAAGUGUUGUGGGCGAGUUCUGUCGCCACCUGCCCUGGGCUCCAACUGCACCCGGCGUCCUGGACGCGGCUUCCUCUGAGACGUGGGCCGCCUGGAUCCGAGAGCUGUGUGACAUCCCCGUGCCCACUCUCUUCUGUGCCAGGGUGGAGCUGGAGGUGCUGGGGCUUCUCCGCAGCAUCGUGACCUGCUGUGCCCGCCUGUCGGCCCAGGUGGCCGCCUCUGCCCAGCUGCGGCAGCACAUGUGGGCGCAGAGGCAGCUGCGCUCCCGGCAGCGGCAGAACUACCUGCGCAUGUGGUGGAGUAUGCGGCUUCUGGCUCCUGUGCUCCAGCUUAUUCUCCUGCUGGUUGCUCUGGAAGUGGUCAGCAUCCACGCAGCUCCUGGGAAGGCGCCUGGCGAUUAUCAGCAGUAUCUGAAGUUCCUCAGGGCCCUGUUGCAGCUGACUGAGAACCUGGUGUCUUACACCAGCCCUGAGAAGAACAGGUGGGAUGAGGCCACAGGCCUUGCCUCCAGAGCUGUGUGCAGAGUGUGGACUGUUACUGAGAGGCGGCAGCUGCUGAUACACUCAGCCCAGGAGCCCCCCAGCCCCGCCGUCUGAUGAAAACACUCCCUAUAAUGCCCUCGGCACAGGCUUGUGGGCACCUCCAGCUUCGUCGGGUCCAUCGGUGGCACGUUCUUCUCUCCUCACAUUGCCCUGGCUGCUACUUGCCUCAUUCCUCUGGGUGCCAGCAGCUGCACAGCUGGGGGCUGUUCUCCCUGCAGCACUCAGAGGACUCAGUCCACUGCUCUCAGAAGAGGGGCUCUCAAUGGCCAUGGGCUGAAUGAACUCAGGGACCUUGUGCUGUCUCUGGCCUGGGAAUCAGCAACUCUAGGCAGUGCAGCAGGUGCUGUCCUCUUGUGGCCCAGCGAGCAUAGGCCCCACAGGGAUCUGGGCAGCACUUAGGGUGCAGCUGGAGGAGGGCGUUCAGUAGAACCACCAGCUCGUGCUCGGUCUGCAUACCUGGGCCUUGACCAGACAUCAGGUCCCAGCAGUAGCGCCAAGACCUUGUGCUGUGUAUGCUGACCCCAGGUCGAGGUUGAGCCUUUCUUCUCUCCUUCAGGCUUGGGCUUGUGGAGAUCCAGUAGAUCUUGGGGUCAGAGGUCAGAGUUGAGGACUAGGUUUAAAGGUCAGGCAGGGGUUGGAGUGAUAGCACAGUCAGUAGGGCGUUUGCCUUGCACAUGGCCAACCUGGGUUCGAUUCCCAGCAUCCUAUGUGGUCCCCCGAGCACCACCAGGAGUAAUUACUUAGUACAGAGCCAGUAGUAACCCCUGUGCAUUGCCAGGUGUGACCCAAAAAGAAAAAAAGGUCAGGCAUACAGACCAGGGCGUUCUGUGUGGCAGCACAUUGUCCAGCUCAGUGUCUACUCAGCUCCAGCCACCUCCCUGCCCUUCCUUUUAAAAAGAUUUUUAUUUAAAGAACUAUGAUUGACAAAGUUAUUUAUUGGUAGUUGAAUCUUAGGCCUACAGUGUCCUCCCCCACCAGCAUCCUCCUGCUCCUGCCCAUUCCUGCCUGCCACCUCAACAGGCACAUUUCAAAAUUCUUGGUUGUAUUUGAGAUCUCACGUUUUCAGUGUUGUUGGGUCUAUGCUGUGACUGUAGAGCUAUGCUAUUCUCACGUCACUGUAUACCCGAAGCCCUGAUCCUUGCCUUUCUUAUCUUCCCUCCUUGAUUUCUUUCCUUCUCUUCCUUCUCCUUCCUGAACUCUGGGGUUUUGAACACUAUUUUAAAUAUGAUAGACUUGGGUUGCUCUCUCCUCUGACUCAUUCUUUGUAUAUAAGAUGUGACCCACCAAUUUUUUUGUAUUGACUUUCUGUGGGUAUUUUAAGACCAUCUAUGAAUAUUAUCAUGUCAUCUUCAAAUAGUGAUAAUUUGACUUCUUUUCUAAUUUGGAUCCUUUUGAUUUGUUUUUCUUGCCUGAUUGCUAUAGCCAAGACUUCUAAUACUAUAUUGAAUAAAAAUGGAGUC